ACGGUGGGUGUGUACUGUGUGUGAUUGAGCCGCCGCUGUCCGCCAUGUGGCCCCAAUCACUCUCCUCCACGUUCUAUCUCGUUUUCUUGCCAACCCGUUCUCUCUUUUUUUUCUUUUAUUCUCUUCUUGAUUGUCUCUGUUCUUCUUCACCAUGAUUUUGUUUCCUCCCAUUUCCUCCAUGAUUUAGGGUUUCCAUUUGCCCUUAAUUCUUCACCCCUCUCUCUUUCCAAUCCCCUCUUCAAUAUCUUCUGCUUUUGGAUAGAGGUGGGGGAUUUGAAGAUUUAGUGCGGCUGCGGCGGAGGGAUUCUUGUUGUCUUGAUCUGACUGACAUUUCCGAGCACUGUGGGGGGUUUUUGGAGAUCUCCCUGGUUUUGUUUUUAUGGAUUUUGAAAGCGAAUCGGUGGAAGACAAUGAAGUGAACCAGGAUGCUAUUCAUUUUGAUGAUGUUAGCCGAAUCAGAACUAAUGGCACUUGUGCUAAUGAUGCUAACCACUCUUGUGCUGCUGGAAAUGCUUUUGAUGCCAUGGGAUCGGUUUCUGCUGCUGCUAAGGGGAAGGAUUUAAGUGGAAUAGCUGCGAAUUCGCCUCCCAAUAUUCCUUCUCCACUAAGAAAAGGUUAUGGAUUGAAGAAAUGGAAGCGUAUUCCUAGAGAUUUUAUAAAGGAUAUGAAUUCAAGUGAAGAUACUAGUAAAAUUCUGAAGCGUGCGCUAUCUACUUCCGGGAAUCCGAUUAAACCUCAACUUUCUCCGACCGAAACUAAGCAAAAUAAUGAAGGUUCUGUUGGAUCUAUAACCCCGUUGAGGAAUAUCGGAAAUGUCGAUGGAUUGGCUCUCCAUGGUUCUAGUUCUAAUUCCAGGUUUGCUAUGGGGUCUGCUUUUAAUCAUGGCACGGAUUCUGAAAACAGCGAAGAUCGGAGCAGUAAAUCGUCGACAGCAGCCAGUGCUCCGAAGGCGAGGUACGAUUUGAAUGCUGUGUUAGGACAUGUGAGGGAAAAAAACAGGAUAAAGAGUAUGAAUGGGAAAAGUACAGGCGGUUCUGGUCAAAAGGGUAAUCAGGGAAAGGGACGUGUUGAAGGCAGUAAAAAGGCAAGAGGAGGAGAAAGAAUCAAAGUUGAGAAGGAGAAUUCUCAGUCUAGCAUCGAGUCCGACUCGAGGAGCUCGUGCUUUGUCUUUCGGCAGGGCAAUGUUGCUGGUGCUAGUGCUAGUAAUGGAAACCAAAAUGAAAGAUCUGUUACAGAUGAUGGAGACAACAGUGAUGGAGCUUAUGCAGGUGAUCAACAGUUUAGCAAAGAAGUCGAAACUGCGUAUAGGAAAGAGGACGAGGUCGAAGCUGAAGAUGUUACUCAAGAUAAUUUAACUACGAACUUGUCAUUUGAUGUUAAGGAAGAAAAGGAUAGGAAUCACUGGUCACCAUUGAAUAAGGAUCCCAUGGAGGAGUCUAUUCUCAGCCUCCAGUCUGCCCAACAUGCCCUUGAAAAAGAAAUCAAAAAACUAGGGGAGAUUGGGAAGGACGAGAUACGAUCUUCAAGCAUAUUCAAUGAUGCUGAACCUUCAAGUUUUGUGUAUGACAACAACCUAGAAACACAUAAAACUAGUUCAUCUUUCCAAAUGGGCACAGGAAAGGCUGCUUCAAGUUCUUUUGAAGUCACAGUUCUAGGCUUGACAGGAAAGGUAAAAUUAUUGGAAACCGAAUUAGAAGAGACAAUGGCAAUACUCAAAUCGAAGGAAUCCCGAGUAGCUGAACUGGAAUCCUCCAUCAGCACCAGCAAGUCACACAAAGAGGAAGUUAGAGAAACAGAAGAGGAGUUCGAGAGGUUUUUUAGGCAAAGAAUUGAAGCAGAAAUUGAAUAUUUGGCAAUAACAAGAGCAAUUGAGAAGUUACAAUGUGAAACAAUAAUUGAUGGUGAAAAACAAGUUUUUGCUGACGAACAAGUAGAGAUGAUGAAGAGACCUAGAGAAGCUGAAAGCAAAGCUACAGUGCUUAAGAAACAAGCAUGUGAUGAUGUAUCGGAAACCAAGGAGGUUUUGACGACACGUUGGGAAGUAUUCAAGGUUAGUUCUUGUGCAUUUGUGCAGUUGAUACUCUUGUUCCUCGUUUUUUGGCUUUUUGUCUUGCAAAUGCCUUCACCUGCUGGAUUAGAUGUACCAACAUAAUUAAGCCUAGAUGUACCAACAUAUUUUGUGGAUUGAACAAUGUUCAAACUGAACAGUUUUCAUCAUUUUGCUUAGAUAAAAGAACACAAAAAGAAAAAGAGAGAGAGGGGAAGGGCAGGGGCAUGUAGGAAUCUCAGUUGUAAGUUGUUUAAUGGGUUUCUUUUUUUAUUUCUUUCUCUUGUGACUGUUGUUGUAGUCAUGAUUUUUGAUAGACAAUCAGUACAGUAUCUAAACAGAUUGGAACCUCUCGAUGAAUCACAUGCAUUCAUUCCUUGAGACUA